CACACAUACAGUAUGGAGUGUAUGUAAGCACACCGCUACACUGGACUAUCUCACUGGAAUAUGGUAGGAUGGAGGGAAAGAGGGGUGGAGAAAUCAAGAUGGAGGUAGGGCGUAGAGGAUGGAAGUGGAAGGCAGUCGGAUGAUGUGAAGACGAGAGAAGAAGGGGAGGGAAAAGGGGGGAGAGGAAAGAGCGCCUGAAGAAAUGCAGAAAGAGAGAGAUGGAGGGAUGGAGGGAAGGGAAGGGGGAGCCUAUUGCCCCGAGACUACGGCAGAGGGAAAAGAAAAGAGAGGGAGAGAGCAAGAGCAAAAGAGUGAUAGCCUUACAGCAGCACCUAAUGGCUUCUCUGGAGAGAGGGAGGGAGUGAAGAGGAGGAGAAGGCAUAAUGAGGGUGCUAUGACAGAGGCAGAGAUAGAUUUAGAGAGGUAGAUGAGGAGGGAGAGACAAAGAGAGGUGGAGGUUAUACGGCCAUUCGGUAAAGAUGGAGUCAAAGGAACCAGGAGGAGAGAGUGAAAUAGAGGAAAGCGGUAAAUGGUGAAAGGGAGGGGGGAGGACGAAGGAGCAGAAUGAUAGCUGCUGCCGAGGCAGGGACGGAUCCAGACGUUAAAUGAGCUAUAGAGGGAAUAAAGACGGAUGAGCGUAGAUGUUGAAAAACAAAUGUGAAACAGGUAGAAAACAGGUAGAAAAACAAAUGAAAGCGGAGGUGAAGUAAGAAGGAAGAGGAGGAGGAGAAAUAGAGAGUGAAGCACUGUCGGACGAAUGAAGCAGGUGAGAAGAGGAAGCAUCAGCCCUUGGGUGAACAAAGAAGAGGGGAAUAAAUGGAAGAUGGAUGGAGUCAAAGGGUGGACAGAGAACAAGGAAGGAAGGGCGGCGUAGGGCGAAGGAGUGGCUAGAUGGAGGGAUAUGAGAAAAAAUAAAGAUGACUGAGAGAACGGUGGAAAAAGAGAGAUUGAAUGAGAGAAGGAGGGAUAGAUAGAGUGAGACCAAAAAGGAAGACAGGAGCACAGAGCGCGUGGUGAGACGGUGAAGGAGGACAUUGAAGAGGAGGUUAAUCAGAAAGAUGGAGGAUGGCUGGAUGGAUAAAAAGGCAGUUUACUGUCAUGAGAGAGGGGGGGAGGGGGAGGUAUGGAGGAUGGACUGAUGUGUGGAACUUAUCUUUACCUCCAUUAAGAGCCGUGUUAUAGCACUGAUCACAGCUGGGAAUAAUUCAAACCCUCUAGUUGGGAAUUCUCUCCGGGAAGAGACCGAAUGUGAUAGCCUCCCAUUCACAGUCACACACACAACAGGGCACACUCACCUCAGUGUUUGAUUUCCUCUCGCUAUCUAUUUACUGCUAUACCUCCAGCUACAAGCUUUGUACAUUACCCUCAAUACACAUAUAUGUGCGCACAUAUACGCACAGUGGUAAUAAAGCAGGUUGUGGUGUGAAAGCGCUCAGUGAUGGAGAGAGAAAGAGAAAGAGCAGUCCACCUGCUGUUGCUCUAUGUUGUCACUCAGACGUACCAUUCUCAGCCACCAUGAUUAGAUUACACAGAAAUACCUCAGACACACACACACUAUUCUCCUGUUUUUUAAAUACAGACACACUCUCCCAGACAUGUCCUCUCGCCCGUGUGCGCACGUGUGUCUUUAAGGUCUCCAUGGUGACCGUUUCCAGGGUGAUUUACUAUAGCACCUGGUCCCUCUCAGGGUGGUACACUUGUCUGCUCGCCACAAUCGCUCCCCGGCCACCAAUGAUCUCAUCCCUUUUGCUCGGCUCACACUCCCGCCUCCUCGCUUGUUGUCACGAGCGUGAUUUACUCCUGUCGUCUGUCCUCUCACCGCUCGUCGUACUCCGCUGUCUGCAACCGUUUAUCCCCCUCAGUAAUAACAUUCAUAAGAGGGAAAUCAUGUGGAGCUAAGUGCAAAGCAAGUCCUCAGAAACAGUGUCUUAACUGCUUCACUGGAUCCAAACAAACAACAGUGAGAAAGAUGGCCUGAAACAAUAUGUAAUGAUUAGUUCUAGGAGUUAGAUUAGGAAAUUUAAACAAUAAAUCCUCUUUUUAAAUCCAGGCUAUAGAACAAGACUCAGCGGCCAAUUCGCAAAGAAGAUAUUGCGACCGCUGAUAGUGCCAUGAAUUGCGCUUUAUUUGCAACCGCUAUCUGCCCUUCUCAAGGUUGCGCUAAUGAUAUUUCAGUGUAAACGGGCCCAUAAAGUUGUGCAGCUGCAAUUUUCCCCAGUGAUUACACAAUUUAUGUUUGUCUUAUUUGCACAGGCUUAGCUGCACUCUUUUUGUGAACUGCCCCUCAGACUCUAUGACUAUACUAUACAGACACAGUGGUGCUUUGAGCUAAAUGCUAACUUUGCAAACUUAGCAACUUGCACACAUUCUCACAAUGACAGAGGUAACAUGCAGAUGUUUAGCAGGUAUAUUGCUUUCCAUGUACACCAUCAUAGUUUUGCGUGUUAGCACGAUAACAUGAUUUAGUUUUACUGUUCAUGUUCAUAAAGAUAUUGAACAAAUUCACAUUUUUAAUCAGGGACUAUCCAGGGAUAAAUGUUGCAAAUUAGUUUUGUGUCAUCAGUCUAUAGAGUGAAUAUGAAAUGCUUACUAUGUCUGUAACUAUAAAGACAAACAUGGAUAACACGUCUUUGUUUGGGUAAAUUGUAAUUUUAGGAAUGUCAUGCUACAUGAUUGCAAACACAAACUGACAUUCCAGGCUCUGUGCUGUCUGUGGGUGGCAUCCCGUGUAUGUCGAGAAAUGCCUUGUUCAGAGUUACUGUGAGUCUGUUAAGCACAGUGCCUCCACACAGCUACAGGGAUUCAUUUUCUUAAAUUGAUCCCCUCCUGCAUGCCGACAUGCAUUUCACAGCAUCCCUGCAUGGCAACAUGUUUGUUCAUAUAUGGUUAAAGGAUGAUCUCAAGAAAACCUGUUAACCCAGUCUAUUGUUUUUGAGAAGUAAGGGGUUAUGUGCAUUGCCCUUUAAAUCCUAUAUGUGUGUGUGUGUGUGUGUGUGUGUGUGUGUGUGUGUGUGUGUGUGUGUGUGAGUGAGUGAGUGCGAGAGAGACAUUCAGAAAUAGGCCAGUUAGGGUUUAGAGCAGAGAGAUGUUAAGAGAUUAAACAGACCUCUGUGGGGAGCAAGACUCCUCUCCAGCAGUUUAAAUAUAACUCUCUUCAGGGACUGACUGUGUGUGUGUGUGUGUGUGUGUGUGUGUGUGUGUGUGUGUGUGUGUAUUUGAGGGGGUGGGGUUUGAGUAGGUGGGUGGAUGUGUUCGACAUAACUGGUGGCUAGGAAUCAAACCACUGGCUUUUGACUAGCAGCUAUCCUUGUUACUGUGUGUGUAAGUCUGUGUGCGUGUGUGCGUGUGUAUGUGUGUGUGUGUGCGUGUGUGUGUCAAAGUGAUGUCUUCUUUACCUUUGGCGCUGGGGGGAUAGUUUGAUACUGUGAGGUCUGGCUCCACCAUCUGCUGUGUGUAUGUGUUUAGCAUGUACAUGUGUCGUUAUGGUUGUGUGUCAGGUGCUGCAUACUUAUGUUUUAACCAUGCGCUCUAAUACACAACACAUGUUUGUUUGUUUUCUUCGACAACAAAUACUUUAUGCUUCAACUCGACAUCUACCAUGUUCAGCACAGACAAACUGAGAAUGUAUGCUGACUCAUGUCCUGUCAUCUUAGUAGAUGACUUAAAGGUAUACUAUCCAACAUUUACGUAUGAAAUGUCUUAAAACGACUAGACAUUUGUCUAAUCAUGUUUUGUUGAUUUGUGUACUUUCACAAAUAUUUCCAAACCUGGAGAAAUCUAUAAUUUUGUUCAAGGUAACUGUGUUUUAUUUAGUCACCUGUUAAUGGCGUCAUAUGUCCUUUAUUCCCUCAAGUUGCUCUAACUUCCGGAUGAUAUGUCAGCGAGUGAAGCAAGUCAACUCUCUUGUUUACCGUUGAAUUGAAUUGAAUUUGCCACAUACCGUUAGCUACAGUAGCUGUAUGGGUAGUCGACUCAUCUAAUGUAAUGUUACAUUAGGUGCAAGUUAUCUACUACUUGUGGCUAUUUCAUUACAAUGUAAUGACAUAACAAGAAUAACUGUGACUGAAAGUAACGUGAAUAAAACUUUAAUACAUUACGUCAUCCGUGAACAUGAUUUCAGCCUGAGUCACGUAACAUUUUCAUCAACAAUGGUGGUGGUUUAACAAUAAAGACAACAACUCCCAUGAUCCAUCGCUGCUUCACAACUUCAUCAAAGUACAUCUUUUGUUUUUGUUUUAAUUACGGCGAUUGCAUGAGAGUCGAUGGAGCACAACCGGUUAAUACCAUUUUCACAGAUGUCAUGAAGUAAAACUAUUAAACUAUGUGAUUAUGUAAAGUGGCUGCUUUGUAUUGUUGAGUAUGGUACUAUAGAUUGUGUAUUAUAUAAUCUACAAUACUGUAUACUGUAGCGGUAGCUUGUCCCUCCCUCCAUGCAUUGACAAAUAUAACCAUGACAGCCUUUAUAUUCGUCUUUUUAUUCAUCCUACAUACAUCAAUACUUGCUAUCUACACAUUUAUUGAUUCCGGCUGGAUGUCAAUGCUGAAACUACAUUCCAGCUCACACUUUCUGUGAGACGAGCCGUCCGAUUCUUACCAGUGUCUUUCAAAGCAUUUUGAUUUGCAUAUUUCUACAGACGUCACCAGCAGGGUCAGAGUGCGAGGUCAACCAGUGUGAAGCUCAAGGACAUUCAGACGCUGAUUAGCGCGCGCUGUGAAAGAGAUGUGAACCUGUGACCUUCCAUCUUUAGCUCACUCCAUGCAUCUGUCUCACAAACCAGCAUCUGCUGCAACAUCCAGCAAACUUCCAAAUGCAGAAUCCCCAAAAAAGAACACACAGAUGUACUUCCUGUUCACUUUCUCGGUCUGAUGGCAGCCGUAGUCUGCGUAAGAGUCUAAUGAAGCAUCCCCUCAUCCAUCCAGCCCUCACUCUCUGUUUCCUCUCUGCUCUCCUCUUCACACACACCCCCCCCCCUUUCUUCUCUUACACAAGUGGGUGACAGAUGUGAGCCACUCUGGAGAGCACACAGACACCCAGCACUCUGCUGCCAGGCGCCGCUGCUCUUAUAGGCUCUGUGUGUGUGUGUGUGUGUGUGUGUGUGUGUGUGUGUGUGUGUGUGUGUGUAUACGCAUGAUGUGCAGUUGUGUUUCACCAAAGGCCUUUAUGCAUGAACUGUAAGGCAUCGUGUAGUGCUGUAGUAGUCUGUCCAUCUGUGUUUGUCUUUGGUUUCUGAAUGUGGUUGCUGUAUUGUGUGCGUGUGUGUGUGUCAGGCUGAACAUUGCUGUGUGUUAAACACAUACACACAUCGAAUAAAGUAGACACUCAUUUCUGCUCCAUGAGACAUAGGAAUGAAAUGGACAAUCUCUCACACUAGUUCUUCCCCCACCCUCUCACUUACACACAUGCACACACACAUUUCCGCUCACUUCGUGUGUAAUGUAAUCACCUGGGCUCUCCAUGCUUCCUAACUCAAUAACGCUGACAGCCUCCACCACACACAUACACACAUGCGCGCGCACACACACACAAACAAACACACACACAUACGUCCUCCGGAACAACCUGUGAUACAUUCACCUCUCCUUUCAUUUUAUCCGCUCUGAUCCUUCCUGCUUCAAACUUUACAAACUUUUCAAAUUUUACAAUUUGUAGUAGCUGAUGCAGUUUCAAACUCUGUUUCUCUGUUCCUCCUGUAGUCAGGAGCAAGCCACUGAGUCUCAUUAGCUGCUGACCCAUUUCUGUUGAAGAGCAAGGAACUUGGGACUGACUCGAGCCAGUCUAAGAUGCCGGAACGAAGCGUCUGGGGGGCGGACGGAGAAACAGAUGCAAAGACAGGCGAUACUGUAUAUGCUCUUUGUUACAUUAUUCAACAACAGCCAUGAGUUAGGACAGAGAGAAUCAAAUAUGUACUGAUAAACCCAGAAAGAAGAGGUUGAAAGCCAAAGUAAAAUUGGAGGAUAAAUGUGAGUCUGUUUGUGGAGGGUGACCAGGCACGGUGGCCAUAACCGCUCCUUCGAGCGCCAUCUGCUCCUCGCCGCAGCAACCGUUGCCAGGGUACCUGCUCUCCUCCCCUAUAGCCCACCUUUCACUCCUCCUCUUUUGGCUCGUCACCUCCUCGUUUCCUCCUCUUUUUUCUCCCACAACAAGAUUUCCUCUGCUUUUCCCCUCUUUUUUUCAAAUUCUACCUUCUCUCUUUCCUCACACAUGUUCUUUUCUUUUCCCUUCAAUUAAUUUGAGGAUACCUGCUUUCUAUUCAAGUUUUAUUGGCGUGACAUUCAAUUCAGUGUAUAUUAGCAACGCUUCAGCAAAUUACUAAUAUCACUGAAGUACUAGUGAUCCUUUCCCUCAUGUGCUUCUCUCUUUGCCUUUAUUUAACUCUAUACAGAGCAUACAUGCUUUAGUUUUAGUCAUUUCUUCAGCUAUAACUGCUAAUCUGCUACUACACGGCAACACACACACACCACCUCCACCAAAAUCUUUAAUUCUCUCAGACUUUCCCCCUCCUCCUUCCUUUAAAAUCCAUCUCUCUUCCGUUCCUUCGUUCCCUGGCAAUUGUGCGGACAUGACUCAGGGCCCCCUGUCUACAGAGAGGAAGAGAGAGAACCAGAGAAAGAGUGGAGAAAGGAGUUUGAUGGUGGGGUGUUUAGAGGGAAGGGAAGAAAAGAGUGAGUGGGGGAGAGGGAGAGAUCGUAGAUCAGAACCGUCAUGAUUGAGCCAUCUGCUGAGAGGAGGCCAGUGAGACUCAAACAAACACACGCACACACACACACACACACAUAUACACACACACACACAUGCAUGCUUAAAGAUCACCACUGCCACCCGUUGGUCAUUUUCUGACACUACGCCUCCUCUUUCCCCUCUCUGCUCCUUUCUUACACUGUCUCACUGCCGUCCGGUAAGAACAUGCCAACCGGAGAUGAGACACGUAGCUCUGAAUAUCGAUCAGUCUGGUCUGGCUGUCUGGUGAGCCAGUCUUAAGCAGCCGAUUCUGUUUGCUCCACUGGGUUGUGCUCUAAUAUAUGAGGUUUAUCUCCACCUAACUCCUUUCUAAGAAAAGCGGAGCCUCAAUACGGAUUAUGAGGCUUUGGCUCUUUCAAAACAUAUUGAGUAUAGUGAUAUGUUACAGACUCUUGCCAAUGCUACGAUGCGCUGCUGUAAUCCCGCUUUUGCUGUUUCAUUCUUGUUUGUUCUUGCCCUGCAGUUAAAUGUGAUUUGUUGUACACUGUCUGUUCCUCUGUGUGGCUGUGUGUGUUGUUGCAUUUUUACGUGUGCAAACACUCUUUACUGGCCUGAAUUGUUCUUUCUUCUCCUCUUUUACUGCCGGCAGGCCUAAACGAUGUCCAGUCUCGUUCAGCUGUCUAACCUUUAAUAGAUUCAUAAACGCUCCCCUCCCAUUGGCCAGAGCAGGCCAUUUCAUCCUAUUAGAGAUUAGCAUAUGGCUGAGUGGAGGAGGAAGUGCUCUUUAUAUGCUAAUGAGGAGAUAAUGUAUGCAGCGAGGACCAACCAAUGUCCCAUUGGGAGGACUCAGGGUGGCCCGACGAGCUGAAUCUUGAGGCAGUCCUGUCUUUAUCUUGUAUUUCACUCUCAUUCACAGACAGCUGGAUUGUGUUUUUGUGAGUUAUCAUACAGCAUAAUGGCUCCGUACGGUUGUAUGCCUAAAUCAGACCGUGCAACGGUGUCACUGUGGAUGGCAACAAUGCUGGGAGUGUUCUGAAUAUGCAUUCUCUCUGUACCUGAUCUCAUUGUGAGCCAUUCACUUGCGAUAAAGAGCAGUAACAAAGGCACUGAAGAGGAGGUUUAAAUAGUUUGAAAUGGUUUUGUUUGGUUUUAGCCUUUAGCCUUCCACUAAUGGAGAUAAGAGUGGUGUCAAUCUUCUCCCAUAACUCUUGGCAAUAAAUCAAAUGAGUGUAUAUCCCAACAUGUUUAUCUAUUCCUUUGACUUGCUUUCUUGAUAAGUGAUUGUUCAACAGUCCAUCUGACCCAGUGGCCCCCUCUUCUCUGUCGCUACAGGAACAAGGUGUAGUGGGAAUGUCACGACCACCAGGAGCCAUCCCACCUCCUCACCCUGUUGGGGGCGUGGCCUCAGGGGUUUGCCCCAACCAGGGGUCAGGACCACCUCCGGGUUACGUGGGCAACCAGCAGCAAGCAGCCAUGAUGAAACAGAUGAUGGCGAUGGAGCAGGAAAAGAGGGCGCAGAUGCAAAUGAUGGAGCAGCAAAAACAGCAGCUCUUCAGAGAGCAGAGACAACAGCAGCAGCAGCAGCAACUACUGGCCGAGCAGCUCCAGCAGCAGCAGCAUCUCCCCAGACAGAUGGGGCAAGGCCAGAGGAAUCCAUACCCCCAAGUCAAUCAGUACCAAGGUCCUCCUCAGGAUCUGGCAUCCAGAAGCCAGGCUCUCCAGAACAUUCGGGCCGCCCGUCUCCUACAACAGCAGCAGCAGAACCAGCAGCAGAUGGUCCAGAUGAGUUCUGUUCAAGGACAGGGGGGCUCUGUGGGACCCCAAACUGACAUGGGCUUACCCUACGGCAACCAGGGGUCCAACCAGGGUUCCUUGUAUGGGCUCAACCCCUCCAUGAGUCAAAUGAUCCACCAGCAGCAGCACCAGAGCCAAAGUGUCCAAGCCUCCAUGGGUCUUCCACCACAGCACAACCCCGCCGGAGGGCCGCCCCGGCAAGCAGGUGCAGGUCCUGGGGUCGGAGGUAUGCCUGGAGGCCCCGGAGGUGGUGGAGCUGGAGGAUAUGGAGCACAGGGGAUGUUAAUGAACUCCAUGACCCAGCAACCCCUCAAAGGCCCUCCCAAAGCCCAAGCACAGAGACUGCAAAGCAUGCUGGGAGCAGGAGGAGGAGGCGGUGCAAUGGCGGCGGGUGGCUGGCCGCAGCAGCAAGGACAGAGUCUGCAGGCCAUGGGGGGAGGAAUCGGAAGGACUACAGGGGGAGGAGGAGGAGACAUGGUAGGGUUCAGCUCCACGCAGGGUUAUGGGAUGCAGCCGGGUCAACCCCCGCGCAUGACCAAGCAACACUUUCAGGGUCCGGGCCAGGGUAUGAGCCAGGGAAUGGACCCCAGAGUGGGCAACCCAGCGGCCGGUAUGGCAGGCCCAAUGAUGGGCCCUCACAUGGGCGGUCAGCCCAGGACCAACCAGCCCCGGCCCAUGGUCAUGAACCAGGGAAUGAACCAGGGGAUGAUGGGCCAGGGGAUGACUGGGAUGGGGGUAUUCGGGCCGGGCUCUGGGGGGCCGGGAAUAGGGGCAGGGGGAGGAGGAGGUGGACCCUAUGGACCAGGGGGAGUCGGGGUUGGAGGUCAGCCACCAGGCUACCAGAGGACAGCCAAUCAGGACAUGUCAUCCUAUGGAUAUGGGGGCGGGCCCUCGGGGGGAGGAGCCUUCGGAUUGGGCGAUGGCUCAGGGGCGGAGCUGGACUCAAGCGAUGGUUGGAUGGAGGAGUUCUUCCCGAACCAAUAGCCAACGGGGAAACUGGAGAUGAGUUUUUACUGGAUGAACUAAACAUUAAAGUGGGACAAAUGUUAAAACCUGAGAAAGUAAAACGAAAAGGAUGACAUGAUAUGGACUGGCAUGUUUUGUUUUUUGUAAAACAUGAGCAAGGUUAUAAAUGAGUUCUUGUGUUAUGGUUAGUGUGUGUGUGUGUGUGUGCGUGUGAUGGAGAGAGUGAACAUUAUGUCUCGUGCAUUUAAAUGAAAACCCAAUAUAGAGAUUAAGAAGUGUGUUUCAUUAGUUUCCCUUUUUUCUCCACGGAAUGAAUUUUUCUCAUGUUCAAGUGUUUGAAAGCGAGCCUCGUUUACACAGCAGCGCUUUGAGCCUGAGCUUCAGCAGGGGCUGAUUGAACACCGCAGACUGAUGAAGGGGAAGGAAGACAUGUUCUCAAGACAGCAAUUUAUUUGUGUUUGUGUGCUUGUGCCACCCAGCUCAGUGCUUCACAUCUCUCAACUAUGUGAGGAGCUGAAGGGAGGAGAAAGCACUCUCAGCGCUCCCAUUUCCUCCCUUAGAUUUGUGCCCCCCAUAUCCAUAACACACACACACACGCACAAAUCUGUCGCCUUCGCGCUCUCUUCACUUGAUCUCUCUCUCUCUCUCUCUCUCUCCCUCUCAUCCUCCUUCACUCUCUCUCCUCCCGUCUUUCCCACCCUCUCUCCAGAGACUCGUUCCUCGCUCUCAACACUCCUUUCUCUGUUUAAAUUCUGAACAUCACAACAGAACAAAUGAUGUUCCUCUACUGUGCCACACAAGCGCACUUCGUCCUCCAGUGCUUUUGCUAGGCAACUGACCUGGGUGGUGUUUUUUGGGGGGUUUCAUUUCCUGCGCGUGGCUGUGGAUGACGGGUAGGCAUGCAGAGGAAGACAAAGAGAGUGGAAAGCAGAGAAAGGGGGAGAGAAUAGGCAGCUAAAGCAAGCACUUGGACUCAAAAGCUCAUGCACACACACACAUACAGACAAAUAAACAUCAGCCUGGGAGGGUGAGCGAAUGUGUGAGAGACAGCUAACGGAGCUAAUAUUGCAUUAAACACUCUGCCUGUGUGGCACAAACCACAUCACAUGCAUCAGGCUGACACAAAGCAAAGCGAUUGCUGGGCACUGAAUGUAUUCAAGCACCACAAGUGACUUCUUCUUUUUAAGGAAAAAAAAGCUCAUUGAAAGCCCACCCACACAUUUUGUUUGUUGCUUGUUUUAUCUCUAACAAUGAUGCUGGUUGUGUCUUUGUCAAUUAAAAGGAAAAAAAAGAAAAGAAAAAAAACGGAAAAGUUAGCCUUCUUUUAGUUUGUGUUGUCUUUUGAAAAUUUGUUUGUCCUCCCGUCUUGCUGCACAACCUUCCCUCGCAUUGUGACACAGCUGGUUGUCAAUCACCGUAGCCCUGCUUUACAUCGUGGCUUCUCUUGUACUGCAGCUGUAAAACGCCCUCGCUCCAAACUAGAACGUAACUGUGCUAUACUGUAACACUACUGUGAAGAAAUACGAGUUCUCCCCUUCCAGCGCUUUACAAGAAAAAUGAACCACUGCUAAGCCUUGAGUUUGUUUUGUAGACAGUAGAAAAACUUCAGACAGCUGAUUGAGCCUAAAGGGUGACGAUGGUUAGCGCCAGUUAGCAUCAAAACAAUCAGUAUUAUCACUGAAGUCAGUGUCUCCCCGUCUUUGAGCUUACUUCAGUAAACUUUAGGCUUCAGGCCUUAUAGAUUUCAUUCAUCAACAACAAGCUGUCCACUCUUCUGCCCUAAUGGUUGCAUAAUAAAUAUGUGUUUUAAUACUGUAGUCAUUGGUAAGACAACACCAUACUUCUCUAACUGUUUUGUAAUCUCGGUUAAAAGAUGAGUGAACGCGUGUUUGUACUUGCAUUACUUUGUAUUUAGCUCAUCAGAGUGAAAGUUUGGCGGAUGAUGCUGUAGUCAACAAACCAAAAAGCCUUCUUCUCUGUAAACUAUCUCCUUGCCAUCAAAACAUUUGUCCUCAUGGUCGUUGAUGUUGUAUAAUCCAACCCUUUAAAUACAAAUUGUAACCACCACGCCCAUCGUCCUCUAAGUGUUGCUGCAUUUGGUAGCACCCACGGGUUUUGUCACGUUUGGGGAGCAGAAAGUCCUCAGUCUCACUGUGUGGAGUCUGUAGGUCAACAACAGGCAGACGUUUAGGGAUGUAGCGUUCCCCACUUUUAUCAGGGGGAGAUGGUGAAAUAUAUAACAACUCUUUGUCAGUGUCCAGAUAAACUCUUGGAUUGUUUGAGCCUUCCUUGUGCAGGAAAUGCAGUCGAGCUCUCACCGCUUCAAUGGCUCCACUACUUAUGCUUCCAAAACUUUGAUACCGCUCCAGUGCUCCAGGCCGUCUCAAAUUAAAUUUCAGUGUCAGACCAGUAAAAUGGAGGCGGUGUGUAGGAAAACACCUGAAGUUUACCUCUCCAGACAGGAGGCAGGACGGUAAGGGAAACACUUCUGGGUCAGUGUUAAGGUCACAGCCUUUGUGACCUUUUUGUCUUCAAAGUAGGGUUCAUGAUAUGGUUUGAAAUCCCUUCAGGAAGAGAAUAGAAGCUUCCUCCAAAUAUCAUUAUGUACCGGGACCAAGUCUGUAGACAACAUUUUAACAAAAAUUGUUGUUGUUGAUGUUCUUUGUUGUUUUUUUUUUAUUUGUUGUUUUUUUACUGGUGCUGACAUAUAUGUGAUUAUGAGAAAAAGUAUAUAAAAGAUAAUGGCUAUUUGUAAAUAUGUUUUUACAGGUUUAAAUACACCAGAUAAUACAGUCUCUACUCUGUAAAGAAUUUACUGUUUGUUAAAAAAAUAGAGAAGUAUUUUUAUUUUUAAGUUUUUUGGUUUCACGUUUAACCCAUCUGAGCUAUGCCAUUGCACUUCAGACAAUGUCUUACUACUAAUUUGUAUUGUAAACCUCUCUUUUUUGGAAUUUUUUUCAUUUGUUUUUUCUAGUUUGAGAUUUGACUGUUCUAAAGCAGUGCUUAUUUCUUUUUAUCCUGUACAGAAUUCUGAAAUGUUAACAAAAGAGAAUUACAAAAGACCUUUUUUUUUUCUUUGUUUUUCAAAAAGAUACAAUAAAGAGAGACUGUUCUCGCUGAUCAUAUUAAA